UAAAUUGAAAAAUCAAACCGAACCGGUUGAUUCAGUUUAUCGGUUCGGUUAUUUGGAAUAAUUGGUUUGGUUCGGUUAAUAUAUUUAAAAUUAUUCGAUUUUCAGUUCGGUUCGGUUUAAACAUGUUAAAUAACCGAUCAAACCAAAAAAACCGAUCAAUCGGUUUGCCGCAUUUCCUCUCCCGCGGUCCAGCUUCGGAUACCUCAAAACCCGAGCAAAACCAACAUUGCUCCCGAUCUAGGAGAUAAUGGCAUCUUCAGACGGUUGUUCCACACGAGAGCCCUUCUCCAGACGCCUGCCUCCCCGGAGCUCCGUUCGAUGCAAAUGGGGGAAAGCCUGAUGGAAAAACUCAGGUCCUUUGACAUCGCAAAGAGUAGGAUCAGAUUGGACAGCCUGAGCGAACUGGAGAAGGAAGGUUUGUCGGCGGAGGACGUGAUGAAGUUACUCUGGGCCGCGCAAUUGGAAAUGGUGAAAUCAAUGCUCAGAGAGGUGGAGAAUAGCUAG